CACAGCUUGCCAGAAAAUGGCGGACAUCUUUUCGCGAAGCAGGUGACAACACAACUGAGUUGUCAAGCCAGUUUACGCAGGAAGACAGAGAUGCCGAGGAGGUCUCGCUCGCGUUCUCCUGGAAAGAAACGUCGUCGACGGUCUAGAAGCGGGAGUCGCUCGCCUAAACGGAGCCCUAGGAACUUGAGCCCACGUAGAGUCAGCAGUCCUGUGGGGAAGAAAGACAGAGGACGCUCUCCGACCGCCAGACGGAGCAAACGUCGCGACCGAUCUCACUCUCCGUCUCGGAGCCGAUCCAGAGACCGAGACAGAAACGACAGGUUUGGACGAUACUUGCAAAAGAGAGCCGAAAGAGAGAGGGAGAGGAGGGAGGAGGAGGAAAAGGAGAAAAGAAAAAGAGAGGAAGAUGAUAAGCGAACAGAAGAAGAGAGACUUCGAAGAAGACGGCAAGAUGAGUUGGAGUCAAAGUUGAUUGAAGACGAGACCCAAAAGAGAGUCGAGGAGCUAGUUGCAAAAAGAGUUGCAGAGGAACUGGAGAAACGGAAGGACGAAAUCGAGGCGGAGGUUUUGAGACGGGUCGAAGAAGCUAAGAAGGUAAUGGAGGAACAGCUGCUUGAAGAACUGGAGACGAAAAGGCGAUUGCAAGAGGAGGAAGAGAACAGGAAAAUGGAGGAGAGGGAGAAGGAAGAGCAUAGACUGGCAGAGAUCAUGGAGGAGAACAAUAGAAAGAUCGUAGACGCUCAAAGAAAACUGGUAUGUACGUGUGCAGGUGUUUUUGUGUGUGGAUACCUUCCCCUGGAACUUCUAUGGGGGAGCCAAGCCAUUACUUGUGUGUAAGGAGUGGUGCAAUUAUCCCAGGGACCUCUCUUCGUCUACCUGGUUUUGAAUGUAUUGUGUGUCGUGGACUGUGUUUCCCAGGAAGAAAGCAAGAAGGAGAAGAUAGAGUAUAGAUAGACGUGUACAUACGUGAGGAGUGGUGGGAGGGAGUCUGCACGUGUGUGUGCAUGUGUGUGUUUCAGAGUGUGGUUGAGUAGGGGCCACUUGAUACGCUACGGUUUUGAACACACACAUGCAACAAGUGCCCGACGAUCAAUAUCUCAACCUUGCCAUUCGGUGCACCGUUUGAGUGUGGCUGUCUGCCAUGACGUGCGUGUGUCUGCGUGGUGUCUGCCUCUUUAUGUAUGCACGAAUUUAUUGUGUGUCACCCCGGGUGUGUGGGUAUUGUAUGUGAGCGUGUUUUGAUGAGACCCACUCUCUGUGGUCAGGGGAUCUUCAUAACUACUCAUUUCUCCUCUCCUUCUACAUGUGUUACUAGCAGCUGGAAGCGACCACGCUACGUUGACACAGUUUCUGUCGAGAUUUGGUCUCGUGCGGUCGGUCGAUCGAUCGGUCGGUGUGUGUCCAGGCACUAGGUAUAAAGAGCAUCUCCACUCACUCUCGGCUGCAACACAACAGCAGUUUUACGGUCUGAGACACAGAAAGUAUGGUUCGAGAUGGGUUGCCAGAGCACGGAAAUGUAUCAGGACCUUUUACACUGUGUUUUUGAAGCACUCUCUUGCACACACAGUCUCUCUAUCUAUCAUGGGGCUGGUAGGCGUGUACACACAGCGACGUUAGUAUAAUAUGCAGGACUAUGCACUUUGUGUUAUGUGGGGUCUGUAGCCAACAGUCUUUAGGUUCAACCUCCCACUGGUCCACCCUCUGGAGUAAGUCGCACGCUUAGCUUCUCUAUAGCCUUUCCUCCCUCUUCUCUCUCCUACAUACACUGUGUAUAUAUACUUCCUCCUCUCUCUUUCUCUCUCUAAAUAAAACCUAAAACAGGACGAGGAGCGAUUAUUGAUGGUAGAGCAGAAAAGAAAGAUGGAGGAAGAGAGGCGAGCGCUGGAAAAGGCUCAAAAGAAAGCCAAAAAGACCCAGCAGGACGUGAUUCUCAACAGAAAGGGAAACAGACAGAGAUUGUCUUUUACUGUUACACCAAAGUCAGAAUAGCUAGCUCCAAGAGACAUUCUAUAGCUAUAGGUAGUGUAGAAAUGUGCGUCUUGUGUACGUGUGUGUUUGUGUAUGUGUGUCCGUUUUAUUUGAUCUCUGCUCCGUG